ACUUCACAGCCAUGAGCAAGUUGGGCAAGUUGUUUAAAGGGAGAGGCUCCUCCAAGAGCCGAACUGCUCCCAACCCCCAGGAGGCCCUGGCCCGACUACGGGAAACAGAGGAGAUGUUGGGGAAGAAACAAGAGUACCUGGAGAAUCGAAUCCAGAGAGAACUCGCUCUGGCCAAAAAACAUGGCACGAAGGACAAGAGAGCUGCAUUACAGGCACUGAAGAGAAAGAAGAGGUUUGAGAAGCAGCUUACUCAGAUUGAUGGCACUUUGUCCACCAUUGAGUUCCAGAGAGAAGCACUGGAAAACUCACACACCAACACCGAGGUGCUGAGGAACCUGGGCUACGCCACAGAAGCCAUGAAGGCAGUUCAUGAAAACAUGGAUCUGAACAAAAUAGAUGACUUGAUGCAAGACAUCAGCGAGCAACAGGAUAUCGCCCAAGAAAUCUCAGAAGCAUUUUCUCAACGGGUUCAAUUUGGUGAUGGCUUUGAUGAGGAUGAGUUGAUGGCAGAGCUUGAAGAAUUGGAGCAGGAGGAAUUAAAUCAGAAGAUGACAAAUAUCAGGCUUCCAAAUGUGCCUUCUUCUUCUCUCCCAGCUAGAAAGCCCAGUAUGCCCUCCUCCACACAUCGGUCCCGAGCAGCAUCUUCCAGGAGGGCUGAAGAAGACGACGAUGGUUUCAAACAGUUGGCAGCUUGGGCUUCUUAAACUCCAGUGGAUGUUUUUUCUUUUCCUUUGGAUACUGAAAUGAACCAGCUAUUCACAGAAAAUGCUUUUUGCCAAGUUUAAAAGUAAACAGAGACUUUAUUUUAUAUUCAUCCUGGGUGAAUAUUGAUUUUUAAGCUUUGUAAGAAAAAGUUAGGAAGGAUUUCCUGGUGGGAUGGGAGGAGACGCUUGCAUGCAGAUGAUGGUAGGGUGUUUAUCCACCAUUUUCACUAUGGGAUUUCUGGUUUGGUCCAUAGUUGAAAUUCUGUAUAUAUUCGUGCAAAGUAAUUGAAUUCCACUGCUAUAUUAGACAUAUAACAGUUACUAAGCCAUGUAUGUGGUAUACUUUAGGAUAGCUUGGAGAAAAGUGAAGGUACCAAUGCUUACAUUGCCCAGGGUAAUGUAAAUACCCCAUGAAGAGACUCUUUAGCCUCUCUUAGAAGAGGCUUCUUGUGGAGAAGUCUUGUAUGAAUUUAUACAUGCAUAGCUUCACUUGAGUUUUGCCAUUUAAAAUCUCAAAGCAGCUCUAAUUGACAUUUAUUAUGCCAAUUAAGCUUGGAAUGGGGCAAUAGAUGCACUUCCCAAAAUGUUUGAAAGCUCUAAUGGUUUCCACUGCUGAGUGAGAUUCUCUUGGGGAUAAUUUAGCCACUUAGGGAGCUGUAUUGCCACUUGAAGGCUAUGAUGAUGUUGUUUUGGCUUCAUUGUGCUUGUUCAUUCUCUCCUAUGUGUGUUCUUUUGUACAUUUUUGAAUACUUCACAGUACACAUUUCGUAAAUAUAUAAAAUUAUUGGCAAUUGAAAGUUCAUUUUGAAGUUUGGGCCAUAAUUAAUUUUUUAAUGAAAACAAAUUAUAAAAUUAUU